AUGCCCCCGGAGACCGACGCCGCUAUCAGGGAUCUCCUCAAUCAGCUAGCCAAUGAUCCUCAUAUUCUGGAGACCUCUCCCCCGACAUUAUUCCAUCCUGAUCUUCAUAAAAGAAACAUUCGUUUCCCAAGACGACCCCACUAUCGUGGCAGGAAUCAUCAACUGUCAAGGCACCAACAUCGAGCAGCAUUCUACUAUGCCGAUGAGUCUCCUGAUUUCGCAUCUCCCGUAGGGGAUGAUAAUAUGGCAAUCUCUGUGCAAGCUUUCGACGCCUGCAUGAAGGGCCUGGUCCUAAAUUAA